GCUCUUGAUUCCACCACCAAAGCACAAAGCAAUCUCAACUUCCAAGUUAGGUCACUCUUCCAGAUGGCGCGUACAAAGCAAACUGCUCGCAAGUCCACCGGCGGCAAGGCUCCCCGGAAGCAGCUGGCGACGAAGGCCGCUCGGAAGUCUGCUCCGGCGACCGGCGGAGUGAAGAAGCCGCACAGGUUCAGGCCUGGAACAGUGGCCCUGAGGGAGAUCAGAAAGUACCAGAAGAGCACGGAGCUUCUGAUCCGAAAGCUUCCGUUUCAGCGUUUGGUUCGUGAAAUCGCUCAGGAUUUCAAAACGGAUCUGAGGUUUCAGAGCAGUGCUGUUUCGGCGCUCCAGGAAGCUGCUGAGGCUUACUUGGUGGGACUCUUUGAAGACACCAAUCUCUGUGCCAUUCACGCUAAGAGGGUUACUAUUAUGCCUAAGGAUAUUCAACUCGCCAGAAGAAUUAGAGGGGAAAGGGCUCUAAACCCCCUUUCGCUCUCAACUUCAUUCCAGCAAAGCGCAAAGCAUUCUCCACUACGAUUCGCUCUUCCAGAAGCUUCCAGAAAACUCCAGAUGGCGCGUACAAAGCAAACAGCCCGUAAGUCGACCGGCGGCAAGGCUCCCCGGAAGCAGCUGGCGACUAAGGCCGCCCGCAAGUCUGCUCCGGCGACCGGCGGAGUGAAGAAGCCACACAGGUUCAGGCCAGGAACCGUGGCCCUGAGGGAGAUCAGGAAGUACCAGAAGAGCACGGAGCUUCUGAUCCGAAAGCUUCCGUUUCAGCGUUUGGUUCGUGAAAUCGCUCAGGACUUCAAAACGGAUCUGAGGUUCCAGAGCAGCGCCGUUUCGGCGCUCCAGGAAGCCGCUGAGGCUUACUUGGUUGGUCUCUUUGAAGACACUAACCUUUGUGCUAUUCACGCUAAGAGGGUUACCAUUAUGCCCAAGGAUAUUCAACUCGCCAGAAGAAUCAGGGGCGAGAGGGCUUAGUUAAAUAAUUCACUUUGGUUUGGGGUUUAAGUGUCUUUGUUUUAACGCCUUGUGUGUGAAUCUAGAUCGUUGAGCAGUUGCUGAUUAGAUUUCUUGUAAUGAUGGUCUUAUAUAUGUAAUCAAGUAUUUGUCUCUUAGGUAUAUGGUUGUUUGCCUGUUAGUUGUAUCACUUGAUCAAUUAAAUCAGAUGAAAUGGUUCAUAAAUAAA